AUGUUACCCUACAUCAACGCCCCGUUUGUCUACGUGGCUGGCAAACUGGGCGCAGCACCAGAUGAGUUAAAACUCAUCUUCUCGUUCUUAUUGUCGUAUCCUCUGGCUGGAGUACUCAAACGUAUCCCCGAUUCCAAACCUGCGCAGAAGAAUGCUUUUAUCAUUGCGGUGUCCAUGUUCUACCUGGUCGGCCUCUUCGACCUGUGGGCCGGUCUACGUACCAUCUUAAUCAGCUCUGUAGGUGCAUACUCGAUUGCAGCGUACAUCCAAGGACCUUAUAUGCCAUGGAUUGGCUUCGUGUUCCUCAUGGGUCACAUGUCUGUCAACCACAUCUAUCGUCAAAUCAUCAACGACCCUAGCUCUGUCGACAUCACUGGUGCCCAGAUGGUCUUGGUCAUGAAGCUUACAGCUUUCUGCUGGAAUGUCUAUGAUGGCACACUUCCCGAAGCCACCCUGACCGAUCACCAAAAAGACCGCGCUCUCAAGAAGUUGCCGACCCUGCUUGAUUAUGCUGGCUUUGUACUCUUCUUCCCGUCGCUGUUCGCAGGCCCUGCCUUUGACUUUGUGGAUUACAGAAGAUGGAUCGAGACCACCAUGUUUGAGCUUCCUGCUGGUGUUGAUCCCUCGAAGGCCCCACCGACUCGCAAGCAACGCAAGAUCCCUCGCAGUGGAACACCAGCAGCCUGGAAAGCAGCCUUCGGUCUUCUCUGGAUCUUCGCUUUCCUCCAAUUCUCUGGCUACUACUACACCGACUUCCUGCUCUCCGACAGCUACAAGCAGUACGGGCUUUUCCAUCGUGUCUGGGUCCUGCAUAUGCUGGGUGUUACCACCCGCAUGAAGUACUACGGUGUCUGGUCUCUCACUGAAGGCGCCUGUAUCCUCUCUGGUAUUGGCUUCAAGGGCGUCGAUCCCAAGACUGGCAAGGCCGAUUGGAACAGACUGCAGAACGUGAAGCCUCUGGCUAUAGAACUGGCUCAGAACAGUCAUGCCUACCUUGGCAAUUGGAAUAUCAAUACCAACAUGUGGUUGAGAAACUAUGUGUACCUGCGUGUUACACCCAAGGGCAAGAAACCUGGUUUCAGAGCCAGUAUGGCUACCUUUGUCACCAGUGCCUUCUGGCAUGGUUUCUAUCCUGGUUAUUACCUUGCCUUUGUGCUCGCGAGCUUCAUCCAGAACUCUGCUAAGAACUCACGACGCCUGAUUCGUCCCUUCUUCAUGAGUGCAGACGGCACAAAAGCCCUGCCCUCCAAGCGCUACUACGACAUCUUCACCUGGCUCUGCACUCAACUCGCCUUUUCCUUCACCGUCGCCCCCUUCAUCUUCCUCGGCUUCAGUUCGUCGCUGCUAAUCUGGCAGCGCGUCUACUUCUACACCAUCAUCGGCGUCACCGCAUCCUCCCUCUUCCUGCUCUCCCCCGGAAAACAAUUCCUGCAGCAAAAAGUCAAGCAGCACUCCAAACCUAGCGAGGAACAGAUCAAAGCGGACUUGGAGAGGGAGCACAGAAAUCCGACGUUGGGGUUGCCUGAUGAUCCGGGCAGGGCUUGGGAUGAGAUGGUUGAGGAGAUUGUGGCUGAGAUUCAGGAGAGGAAGAGGAAAGGGUUGCCCAUUCCUGCCAAGUUGAGGCAGGAUGCUGAGAAGAUUGGUAAGAAGGUCGCUUGA